AUGAGUCUCUGCCUUGCUUUCUCUUCCUCGUCACGCUCGGCAGCCAGCUCGAGCGUGGUCGCAAAAGCUGCCUGUGCGGCUGGCACCCUGCAGACGCGCUCCGUCUCGUCCUCGCCGUACGGCCGCACACACGUCUGGAAACGCCGUCAAAAGAAGCUCCCUAAUCCCACCGUCCCGGUCUUCCCCCAGCGGCUCGUGCGCGUCGACGGCUCGACAAUCAUUCACUACACCACCUCCCCACGAUCCCUCAUUCGCCUCACACGUGACACGACGAACAACCCGCUUUGGAAUGCCGCUCGCUUCGUCGGCAUGGACGAGGAGGAGGACGAAGUGACGGGCCGCAUGGGUCGUUUCAGCAGGCGGUUUGGCGAGCUUGGGGGCGAACGUUCCGACAUGAACUGGAUGGACCAAGCGAGCGACGAGAAUGUGGAGCCUGUGCCGCCACGGGAGGGGAAGGCUAAGAAGUGAACUGCCUAAGAGAAAUUAGAUCACACCUAUAGAGACCUGCGUGCGCUUGUGUGCGCAUGGUCUAUUAUUCC